UGUUGAGCUAGGAUCAUGUUCGAGGAGGAUUUCAAAGGAUGCGGGGUUUGCGUAGUAGCUGGAUGCAAUACCGUUAUCACUUGUUCGUUCCGAAGCGAGAAUGGGAAUGGCAUUACUGUUAUUCCCCUAUCUCCUUCUAUUUUGAAGCUUUCUCUCUGCUGGCAAACUGGUGCAAUUUUUCUUGCACAGACGUCGAGUGGACUUACGAACUGUUGCAGACGGCCUUGCGGAGAACGGCCCCGAACGUCGGGUUCGAUCAGCCUUGCCAUGUCCCGGGAUUUCAAUGAUCAAUGUAUUCAAAACGCUUGGACUGACCAUGGGAGAAUAGCGAGAUCGACAGGAUUUCCUAAGGGGUUCUUCCUCUCUGGUUUCGGUGCCGUUGUGAAUAACAAUCAAAAAUGUCGUGAAGGCGAAGAUAUUUCAAGAAACACGAUGGAUGAUACUACUCUGGAAUCUCUAAUGAACAUCGAUUGCCUGUUCAGCGAGUGUCAGACUCCAAGUCGACCACGAUCCAGCAAAAAGACUGAAAAACUGACCGCCAGAAAAAUCCGCGAAGCUCAACAAAAGUCCCUGUCCUUCCAUUCAAAACGGCUUUGCCUACACUCCGAUUGGGACUACAUUCGAUCUCGCGAAGAGGAUUUCCCAUUUCAACGCGAAGCUGUACCCGCUAGGGAUAGCAUCUUGGCCCUGAAAAACAACCCUUCAUACUCUCAAUCUGGUAUCAUUCAAUCAUACGGCAAGGUCAACUUAGGCGACGACGUAUGUAGCUGCUGUGCUCGAGUCUUCGCCUCGGGUAGAACGAGGAGCUGGAAAGGUUGCGUAUCGUUCCCAAUCGAUCUAAAAUACCCUGGCCGUGCGCCUGGCUCUGUUCCUUUCCUAGGCCAGUGUGCAAACUGUCAUUGGGGUAGUCAGGGUUGGAAGUGCUCGCUAAGGGUCGGUGGAGUUAAAGAGCCUCCUCGUCGUCAGCGCGCAGACUUGUUCCAGAGUAGCGUUUUCCAAAACACUCACCUAGGCAACAAGCAUGAUAUGAAUACCAUGGAAGGCUGCAUCAACGCUCGAAACGAACUCCAAGGUAUCAUGAACCAGGUCUCACGCCGGAUUACGCAAUUACAGAACGAACGAGAGGUUGAUCCGGUUGGAGAAGAGAAUGCGCGAUAUGAUGAAGAUGACGAUGAUAGUUAUGUCGGCUCGACAAAUUCUCGAUCAGUCCCCCAGGCUCCUCCAACUCCUCGGCCUCGUCGACGCGGAACUUCAUGCACACCUCGUACUCCUCGUACUCCUCGCCCGAGUUCUCGGAAAGUGGUAGCCAGUAUCGAAGAUGACGAUGACAGCGACUAUGUGGGACCAAGGAGUACAAAAAUCACUUCUCAUGAAAAAUCAAAUCGUCGAACUCGUCAGUGUUCCAGGUUUCCCUCUCCACCCCUAAACUCCCGGAUUGAGGUUGUGAUUCCUUCAUUUCGACCUUCAAUCCAACGCUCAACACGAAAGGCGUCUUCUAUUGAGGACAAAGAUCGAUGA